AUGUCAGCACAGAACCAUGACGAUAACCUUGCUGCCGCCAAUGGCGGCUAUGACCGCGAUAACGGCGGCGACAACUUCCCUGCCACUGCUACUGCCACUGCCGACAACGGCGACAACUUCCCUGCUGCUGCAGGUGGCCACAUCUAUGACUUUCCCGCCGCUGCAGGUGGCUACACAGACUUCCCUGGUGACCUGGCAGGCAACAACAUUGGAGACAGUUCUGCUCUAGAUACCAGUGCCAAUGGAACAGCUGGUUCUCCUAGGGCUUCUUUUGCCCCUGCUCCAAUGGAUCCAAGCUCUUUUGCAGUCACUGGGUUUGAGGCGGACGACCUUGACGAACUCGUCAAGAGCAUGGUCGAGGCUAAGCUUAAGGAAUCAAGAAAGGAACUUGAAGCACAGGCCGCCGCCUUGCAAAAGCGAGAGGCUUUGUUGAUUAAUGGAGAGAUACAAACCCGCUUGGAGAUGGAGAGACAGGUUCAAAGCCUGAGGAACCAACUGAUGGCCGCAGAGCGGGCAGCUACAAGAUCAAACGCGGCCGCACCACGUAAAAAACGUAAACAGCAGUCUCGCCAAUCCACUCUUCCAGAUAUCCAGAAUACAGGACCCCCUGCUCACAAUACACGCUCAAUGACGGCUGCCCGUGGGGCUGUUGACUCUGAGCCUCUCCCUUCCAAUGACGCAUCUAUGACUUCGGUGGCAACACCCGCAAUGCCUGCAACAGCGCCUCCGCCUGCACCUCCCCCUGCUUCCAAUCUAACACCCGCAAUGCCUGCAGGAGCGCCUCUGCCUGCACCCCCCCUGCUUCCAAUCUAA